AUGAAGUUGCAGAAAUGGAAACUGGAAAGGGACAAGAACUUCAGAUAAACAAGGGAUAGUGAUUGAGUUAUUUUAAUCGUACGGUUUCGUCCUCUUUCCCGAUCCCUGCUCCACUAGAUCUGCCGGCGGCACCGGCAGUGGCCCCAUCUUCUGAUGCGACGGGACCUACGUUAAAGCUUCAUGUUGCUACCUGUUCCAACUACCCGAUCCGAUAUGGAGGACGACGACACCGUCCCGAUUUCCAACAAUGGUGUAGAAGAAGGGGAGCCGUUAAUCUCUAGCGUGGAUGGAGUGACGUCCUCUGGCAGUAUUAUUGCUUCUGUUCCGAGGACAUUCGGAUUCGGAUACAGUUUGAGUGGCGUCAAAUGCUUUGGUGUAGAUUUAACUCCUGAUAAUGUUGCUGUGGCCAUGGUGUAUUUUGUUCAAGGAGUUUUAGGGCUUGCGAAGCUUGCUGUUAGUUUCUAUUUAAAAGAUGAUUUGCAUUUAGAUCCUGCUGAGACAGCUGUAAUUUCUGGGUUCGCUGCAUUACCAUGGCUAAUCAAACCUCUAUACGGGUUUGUUAGUGACUCUGUUCCACUUUGUGGUUACCGAAGAAGAUCAUACUUGAUUUUAUCAGGGCUUCUUGGUGCAUUCUCAUGGAGUUUUAUGGCCACCCUUGUUAGUAGCAAGUAUGAUGCUGCUAUGUGUAUACUUCUCGGAUCUCUUUCUGUGGCGUUUUCUGAUGUUGUAUCAAGCAUUGUGAUUAUGUUUCUUCAAUUUGGAUCUCUUAGGUUUGUGUUUGGAGUCACAGCCUUACUACCUUUGAUAACAUCAGCAGUUGCUGUUCUUGUUGAAGAACAGCCUGUUUGUGUCCCUGUAAAUGGGUCCAAUCUUCCUCCAGGUGCCUUGGGUUUUAUUGAAACCUCAAAACAGCACAUAUUUAAUUUAUGGACUGCUGUAAGACAGCCAAAUGUAUAUCUUCCCACACUAUUCAUUUUUCUGUGGCAGGCAACACCACAGUCAGACUCAGCCAUGUUCUUCUUUGCCACAAAUAAACUGGGAUUCACCCCAGAGUUUCUUGGACGGGUUAAACUGGUUACAUCAAUUGCUUCCUUGGUUGGUGUAGCACUGUACAAUGCGUUUCUUAAAAAUGUUGCUUUGAGGAAAAUUUUUCUAGUCAUGUCAAUAAUUGGUUCAGCUCUCGGGAUGACUCAGGUUUUUCUUGUUACUGGACUAAAUCGAGAGUUUGGCAUAAGCGAUGAGUGGUUUGCUAUUGGGGACUCUUUAAUCAUCACAGUUCUUGGUCAGGCCUCAUUCAUGCCGGUUCUCGUGCUAGCUGCAAGAAUAUGUCCGGAGGGGAUGGAGGCCACCCUUUUUGCAACUCUCAUGUCUAUAUUUAACGGAGGUAGUCUUGUUGGAGGUUUGAUAGGUGCUGCUUUGACACAGAUCUUUGGUAUCACUAAAGAUAGAUUUGAUAAUUUAACCUCUCUAGUAAUCCUGUGCAAUCUGAGCUCACUGUUGCCUUUGCCCCUCCUUGGCCUUCUUCCGGAGGAAGGCCCUGAUAUCAACUCAAAAGAGAGCCCAGAUAUAGAAAUGAAAUCUAUCUAAGUUUGAAAAACUGGUUGAUACAGAAGAAUCAAAACAAUUCAUGGGUUGCGGAACAUUUUUGGCGACCAGAAUCAAAUAGAUUAUUGGAGAAUGUGACUGAUUACAAUUCAGAUUUUGCAGUUCACAUGGUGGUGGGUCCUGCUGUUUGCCAUAUACUCUGAAUUCCAGAAAUCUUCCCGUUGAAUCGUCAAACCAGAACCGUGCCAAGUUGCUGGGCAGCCACGAUUCGAUGGUACACUGCUACUGGAUUUUAGUGCAUGUUGGUAUUCCGCUGCUUUUUAGAUGUUUUUUUGGAACAAAAAAUCAAUGAACAAGUGUUUUAUUAUAUGUUAGAUGAGAGUGGAGACUGCAGUGUCCUAUUUCUUGAGAUUGAUCUAAGCAGGAGCGGAAGGGAAAUAAAAUUAUAUAAAAAGUUACAAGGGUCUGUUUGGAUCUUGAUCUGAAACAAGUGAUUCAAUGAAAAAUAGAGUUUUGUUCUAUGUUUCA